AUGCUCUCACGCGUUGCUGCAGUGAAGGCAUCCCGCACACACAACCGUCGCCGCGUGACCGGAUCUAGCGGAAGGAGGAGGGAAGGAAGAGAAAGUGAGCCGCAGAGGCCCAACAUGUCCCGGCUUGUGUUUGCUUCCACGGUGCUGCUGCUUCUCCUCGUCAUGAUGAUGUGCUGCGGUGGAGCUGCGGCCGUUGAGCACGCAGGGGCCGCUGUUGACCCGUUUAAGGGGACGACGCCGAUAUCAUUUGCUAAUUGGAGAGAAUUUAAGGACGGCGGAAGCAAAAUCACCUCGCUCCGCGUUCCUGGCCUCGUUAAAGUGGGUGAUGAUGUAUUUUCCGUUGCUGAGGCGCAGUGCGGGGAGAAGGAAGGAACCGGCAGCUGUCCUGGGAUUGUCUCAAAGCACCUGGAUAUAAAGGAUGACCCAAUGGAUAUUUUGACGUCGGAUAUAAGUUUGUUUUGCAUGCAACUUGUGGACACCGCCGCGAGUAGUUUUGGGAUAACAGAAGUGUUGCGACCAACGACGGUUGUAAUUGGGAACAGUGUCUACAUGCUGGUGGGGAAAUACGGCCGUACAGAGCCGCAGGUUGAAGGUACGAAUGAGCGGGGUCUUUUACUCGUGAAGGGAACUGUCACGGUGGAUGGUGAAAAGAAGAAAAUUGUGUGGAAUGAGACCCAUUUGGUGAACCCUCAAGGCAAAGGAGAUUCUCAUUCCUUGACCGAGUUAAUUGGCGGUGGAGGAUCGGGUGCUGUGAUGGGUGACGGCACGAUUGUGUUUCCCAUGCAGGCCAAAGACAGUAAUGGAACGAGCGUUUUGUUGUCUAUGCAUUUCCCCAAGUCAGGGAACAAAUGGGAGCUUUCAUACGAGACACCUGGUAAAGGCUGCAGGGAUCCAUCCAUUGUGGAGUGGGGAGAAAACGAAGGCGACGAAAGGCUCUUCAUGAUGGCUCAUUGUGCUGGAGGCUACUAUGACGUUUACAUGUCCACUGAGAAUGGAGACAAUUGGUACGGACACUUCCAACCAAUUACCCGCGUGUGGGGCAACUCACACAAUCGAUCAGGGGACGGCGUCCAGAGUGGAUCCACCACCGCAAUUAUUGAGGAAAAGAAGGUGAUGCUCAUCACCGCGCCGGUGUAUGCGAACGACAAUGGAAAAGGUCGGCUUCAUCUUUGGGUGACGGACAAGGCCCGCGUGUAUGAUGUUGGGCCGGUAUCCCGUGAAGAAGAUGACGCUGCCGCGAGCUCGCUGUUGAUAAAGGAUAAAAAUAAGGAGUUGGUUUCACUGUACGAAAACAAGAGCGACGGAUCAUACAAUCUUGUUGCUGUGCGUCUGACCGAGAAACUGGAGCGGAUAAAGGAAGUGGUGAAGACAUGGAAGGAUUUGGACAGCGCCUUGCAUUCAUGCCGUUCCGGUUCCAGCACCACUGUCGGCUUGCCAACGAAGGGUAUGUGCAAUGGCCCUGUUCCCACUGACGGGCUUGUUGGCUUCUUGUCUGGUAGCUCAACUGGGACCGAGUGGCGAGACGAGUACCUCGGCGUGAACGCCAUUGUCCAUGGCCCAGCGGAAAAAAGGAUAGGGGUUCCCAAUGGAGUGACGUUCAAAGGGCCUGAAGCAGGGGCGGUGUGGCCUGUUGGCGACAUGGGGCAGACUGUGCCGUACUACUUUACAAACAACGAGUUCACUCUUGCUGCGACGGUGUCCAUCCACGAGGUGCCGAAGUCAGGCAGCAGCCCCGUUCCUUUGAUUGGCAUGAGGAUGAAUGACACCAAAGGCACGGUGCUUUUUGGUCUGUCGUACACCCAUGACAAGACGUGGUUGGCCAUAUCGGAGGAUCCUGCUACUUCGAAGCUCGUCGAUGGGUGGGAGCCAAACAAGACAUAUCAGGUGGUACUGCGAAUGGAUCAUCAUGAAUGGACUGUCAUUGUAGAUCGAGAGAAAAUUUGCCACACGAAAUAUAAUGAGAGUCUGUUUGACUUCCACAGGAUUUCACACUUCUAUAUCGGUGGGGACAGUAAGGACCAAAGUGCAACGGGCGGCUAUGUCACUGUUACCAACGUCAUGCUGUACAACGAGAAACUGUGGGGAAAUGAUCUGGAUGAACUCCAUGCCAGCAAAGUCAAUAUUCCAUCACUGGGUGUUGAGGAACAACCCACAGGUCAGGUGACCGGCACAGGCCUCUCGGUUGCUUCCGAGUCGAAGAGUGAAGAAACCACUGCGCCUUUGGUUGAAAAUGGAGACAGUGAGGACGUUGGCACCGCACCGGUGAAUGCAAGCACAACGCCUGGGGGAACCAAGAUCCCAUCAAAGUCCAACGCAACAACACCCUCGGACACUGGCAUUUUGCUUGAGCACGGGCAGUUCGGGGACUUGCCGGCCAUUUCUCUAACUGGUGACAGCACCGUGCAUGGGUGUGUGUCUCGGGUGCUGUUGUUGCUGCUUCUGGGACUGUGGGGCACUGCGGCUCUUUGCUGA